UGCAGGAAAGGAUGGCUUCAUCGACCUGAUGGAGCUGAAGCUGAUGAUGGAGAAGCUGGGGGCACCGCAGACACACCUGGGCCUGAAGAACAUGAUCAAGGAAGUGGAUGAAGACCUGGACAGCAAGCUCAGCUUUCGGGAGUUCCUGCUGAUUUUCCGCAAGGCAGCAGCAGGGGAGCUGCAGGAGGACAGCGGGUUGCACGCCCUGGCCCGGCUCUCCGAGAUUGACGUCUCCACAGAGGGGGUGAAAGGCGCCAAGAACUUCUUUGAGGCCAAGGUGCAAGCCAUCCAUGAUGCCAGCCGCUUUGAGGAGGAGAUCAAGGCGGAGCAGGAGGAGAAGAAGAAGCAGGCGGAGGAGCUGAAGCAGAGGAAGGCGGCGUUCAAGGAGCUGCAGUCCACUUUCAAGCAGUGACAGGGGCCGGGCAGGACUGGUCUGUGGUGCCCGGGCCGGCAGUGCUGUGUGUGCCACGUGCCGACCGUGCCGGGAGCGAUACCCAAGCUGCACGUCACCUGUGACUCCCCAAAGGCUGGGCCACUGCUGGGCUCCUGGUCCAGGCUUGGCCCGGGUGGCCCUGACCCCCCUCCCCUUACUGUGGUGUCUGUAGGUGUUCUUCGUGCCCCCCCGCCAAGCCACAGGCAGCAGCACCCUGUCCCCUGCCUGCAGCCGUGGCUGCUGCUGCCGAGGCCCAGGGCAGCCGUGCCCGACGAGCCUGUCCCCGUGCUGUCGUGUGUUGUGCGUGAGCUGUGAGGUCUGCAGGGUGGCAACUUGCCCAGGCGGGUGUCUCAGUGGCCACGCCAGCUCGGUGCCCAUCUGCAUGGCUGCCGGGCGUGCUGCGGGCGAGCGUGGCGAGGGCUGGGUGCCAGCGGAGGGGCUGCGUGUGUGUAUGUGUGUGUGUGUGUGUGUGUGUGCGCCUGGGGUCUGUGCAGUGCUCGGGGGGUGGGAGCCCAUCCCACUGGUGUGCAGCCCCCGAGGGGCUGAGCAGCGCUGCACCCGCUUGCCUGUAUCUCUAUUUUGGUAAAAAAAAAAUAACGUACAGAAAGGCAGCUGCUGGCUCGCGAAGCUGCGUUAUGUUUUUUCAUGUUGUGUUCAGCCCAGGAGGGUGAGUGUUGUAGCCUUGAGUGGUUCUCGUUGGUCAGUUGAGGCUCCCGUGUUUGUGGGUGCUGUAAAGACGCGUGUCUGUCCCGCAGUGUCCCCCGCGCAGCGGUACCGGCGGGGUCUGUUUUGUUUUUUUAUUUUAAUCCCAAAUAAAUAUUAUAUUUCGUAA